AUGGAUCUAAUUCAGAAACUGAACAGCGAGAGCAGACAACUUGAGGCUAUCAAAUUUGUCCAUGCUCUUGACUUAUUCGACAAGUACCCUCCAGUGUCUCUCUUGGAAGCCUACCUAAGAGAAUCCAGAAAGGCUGAGAGAGGAAAUAAUUCUAGUCAGUCACAGAAUGAGGCCAUUUCCAAAGAGCUUGCUGCUGUGAAAGCGGUGACUAAAACUGUCGAGGAAUGCAAGCUUGAAUCUGAGUUUUCGUGUGAGGAUCUUCAGAAGCAUAUUACUCGGUUGGAGCAACAAAAGGCAGACAAGAAACGAACUGCAAGAGCUGCUACUGCCACUGUUAGAGCUAGCCCAAGAAAUUUAUCACAAGCUCUGUAUGAUGCCGCACUCCCUAGUAUUCCUGGAACCAUCGAACUGAGUGGAAAACCUUCACCGAGGUCUUAUCUUUAUCCAUCAGAGUUCCAUGCUAGCUCCGGUUUUUACGACAGGCCAGCAUCCUACGGCGGCUACCCCAUGGCUGGUUUGGGAACAGGUUAUGGGUCAUCUUUUUACCCACUAGGAUAUCAAAAGUGA